AUGAAUGAAGUUCACGACGUUCAACCAGGCCACAUUUACCAACCGGGUAAUAAAAAGGAGGUUCGUUUGGUCUACCGCAUCCUGUCGGGACCUUACUGUGGUCGUCACCAGAAGUCGUUUUCUCUGACGAAAUGGGGCGUCGCAGGCGCGUGGGACGCUGCCCAGCAGGCGAAGGCCUACAUGUUGCAGACAGGGAGACUGCCUCCUUCGUUUGCGUCCCCUUACUCGAGAAGCAAGUUGACGAAUGCCUCUGCAAACGCCAUUGUGAAGCCAGUGCGGCCGCCAGGAGUGCCAGGGGUCGACGGUUUUCUGGGUCCCAUGGACUUGGAUGGCGGGGCUACAGCGCUCUUUCCAUCGCUCGCCGCGUUCUCGGCGACUACGAAGCCGCCUGAUGCGGCCCUGGGUAACUCACUUCACACUUGCACGCAGUCGCACAGGUUCCAUUGUGAAGAAAAGAACUACACGGAGUCACCGACCACAUCAGAGCUGUUGGAUAAAGCCCUCAGGUGCUGCUUGGUAGAGGAGCACAAGUCGAUGCCCACUGCCCACAAGAGCCGCCAGAAGCGCGCAAACAAUGCUGCACAGUCUCCAGAGAGAAAACUGCGACGCAGACAACACUCGGGUGGCACGUCUUCCUCCACGGCAAGCGCACCGCUCUCUCCACUGGGCAUCGGCAGCGAGCAUCCUGGGUCCGCUGGCCUGGACACUUUACACAGUGACUCCGCCGCCGCGGUCGCCGCGCAGCUUCUGUCCCCGAUCCUGGCUUCCCUAUGUAAACUUGAUUCGCGUGUCGAGUCCGACGACGCCAACACGAACGUACCCUCCCGCAGGAGCGGGUCCAUGUCGCCGUACGAGGCAGCGAAGGACCCCGACACGAAGUUGCCUGCGACGCGUCCGUCGAGUGGCGCGAAAGGCAGAGUCUCGAAACACACAGGAAAGGAUUGGAACACUUCUGACACUGAAGAAACGGUGGCCUCUGCGGGGUCGAACACACUACGGAAACUCCUGUCCCCUGCGUCUCUUCGUGUUUCUUCCCCAGGGAUCGCGGCUUUCUCUGAAGGCGCCGGCGCACCUUUUCCUUUUUUGCCCUCGCCGCAGACGGGCUAUCAACGAGCUGCCCCCGGAUGGGCCUAUCCGGGGGCUGUGCAGGCGACUUUGGAGGCCUCUGCGCGGGUCUCAGGGCCUUCUGCUCCGUGUUUUCAGGGGCAGCAGGGACCCGCGGGUGGGCCUUCAGUUCCUUCAUGCGGGGGCGCGAUGCCUGCAGACUUGGUCAAUCUGCAGAUGUUGUCUGGGACAGUUCCACAUUUCGCAGGAACUCUUCAGGGAGAGGGAAGCGGAGCCCCAUGGGUGGAGAGUCCGCCUGUGCACCCCGUGAGUGGGAAUGGGGGCACCGAAGGAAACGUGAGCCCUGCAACUGCCGCUGCUACCGCCCUCACGCUUCUUCAGUUAGCCGAGCAGAACGCUGCUCUCCAGCCCAAGGACCAGAGCCAAAUCGAGCCGAACGCACUGCAGAAGUUCCUCUUGCUCCAGCAGUUUCAGCUGCUCCAGGAGAAACAACAGGCGUCCCAGGAGAGGAUGUGUCGCAAGAGCGGCGAACCGCCGCGUUUGGACAACCAGGGAAGUUGUGAGGAGAACGGCCUUGCCACUGCCUCGAGAAGCACCCAUGUUUCCGCUGCGGACCUCUCAGAAGUGCAUCACUCCGAGGAGAGUUCCCUAGCAUGUGCAAAUGAGUGCGGCCGGCCGCGGUUGACGCACAAAGAGAUGCGUUCUGCGAGUCUCCAUGAAGCGGAUGACGGGAAUUCCAGCAUUCUAAAGUGUGUAUCGCCAGACGAGGAUGGAGACGGCGCGGGUCUGGAGUUGCCUCAGAGGGGGGGGGGCAACUUUCUGUCCCCUCUGCUACCACAGGGGCCAAGAGGUGAUCUUCAAGGCCAGACGCAGAACGAAGACAUCGAUGCAGUCAACAUGAGCGACACGCUUCGCAAUCUUCUUCUUGCGGCGAGUCUUCAGCGUCAACAGGAGUUACUCGGUGCCCCAGUGAGCCAGCCGUGUGGGGGAGAGGGAAGCAUAGCACAUGCCCCUGAACACUCAGAGACCUUCUUCAACAUUCGAUCACUUGCUUCUCUCUUGCCCCAGCAGUCUAGCCUGGGAAAACCCGAGCAGAAAGGCGUCAGCGACUGCCGUGGCAAUCCGACGGAGAGUGGUGUGCCGUGCCCCUUUGAAGCUGUGCAGGAGCGAGAGGCCCACGGCGUUCCCUCCCAUCUUGCGAUGCUUUGGGGAGUUUCCUCGCUCGAAUUGACACGAAAGAAGGUCAACGGACGGGCACCGAUCGGAGGCAGCCCCGCUGUGUCUCUUGAAGAAGCCGGGCCACUCUCGGUCGCCAGCGAACCGACAACGACCUCUCUGAACAGCCUCCCAGACAAUUUGACAUUGGGUAGAGAUUCCCUCCUCGCGGACAGCGACCGAGAAGAUGGUGCGGUUGAUUGCUCGACAAGAACAAGUGGAGAUACCUCGGAUCAUCCGUCCGCAAUGAAGUUGAUGUCGCCAGUUUCUCUCCCAGGCCACCCUUCUCCUUUCCGCGGGCCCCAAAACUCAGACACAUUGUGCAUAGCUUCAGACUGUGACGCAGCGCCGUGUGACUUGGGGGACUCGAUACCAAAUGGGCGAGACAACGAAGAAAAUGCCGCCUCUGGGGUAGUGACGAGAAACCGUGGACACGGCAGCCCGCGAAACCCGCCACUAGGCCAUCUGCAUGAGCAAAUCCGCCCAAACGGUCUGGAGUCUCAUGAAGGUCUCCGCAGAGUCGUACCAGCUACCGGGAACCAUACGGGCCUGUUGGGAGACCUUGUGAGUGCAAGAAUGGGGGAAACGUGCUUGGAUGAUGUCCAACAAGAGGAUCCAGAAACGGCUGCCAUGGCCCUGCUGGAGGCUCAGGGUUGUCUAAGUGGAAGGGGGGGUGAAAGUAGGGUGCCGUUUCGGCUGCAUCAAAUGCCCAAGAAUUCCCGAGGCGACAUCUUGGAUGACCGAGACAGGGGAGGGAGAGAUCCCCGGAAGCGAAAGGGUCGUCCUGAGUCCGCGGGCGAGAUAUAAGCAGAUGCGAAGCAAGACCGGAUGCUCUGUGACCUAGCGACGACUGUUCCCGCAUCACCAGGAAGUGCCGUUUCAGCUGAACUUGACACGCGCGUCCUCAGUGAAGUUGGAAAACGCAGAAAGAUUCAGCCCACUCUGCAUCAGUGAAGAAAACGUGGAAAGCCGCCGAACAGCCUCAAGUUUCGCUCAUAUGCGAGUUCGAUUCCAUCGGUUUGACAGGCGUUCUUCAAAACCUGUGCAUCGUGGAUUUGCACACGAUCGUCGGUUUUUCAGUUCGGCAUA